AUGCCGUCGUCGUCGUCUUCGGUGCCGGCGAGGCCGGACAACGUCGCAGAAGCCACGGCCGCCACGAGCAACGGAUUCUCCGUGCUCAACCCUGCCGCCGCGUUGCCUUCGCCGACGGCGCACGCGAUCGCCGGGUACGGCCACCCGGCCACCAGUGGCGUCGCCGCCGCAAACGCCAUGGCGGUGCGUGCUCCCGGUGGAGAACCUGGGAGGAACACGCUGGAGCUCCUCUUGCGCUUCGCUGGAUGGGAUAGCCACCCGCCAUGGGCACGGAGCCAUGCGGCGGGCAUGUCCCCGCGGGGCCAGCCGCUGGUCCUGUCUCCCUCCGUGACGUCCCCCGCGUGGGCCCCGUCGUCGUUCGCCUCCGGGGCGCCGGCGGGAGCGAAUGGCGGCGGCGGCAGCAGUGUUGGCGGACGUGGCGCUGUCGCCGUCCAAAGCGGCGCCGUCGCCCGCAGGUACGAUCCUGGUCCCGGCAGUAGCGGCGCGGGGCGCGGGAAACCACCAAACGCGAGGCCCCUUCAAAUCACUGCGGCCGCAACCGCCGCCACCGGAUCCAGCUCAACCAGCAAGACGAAGUCGCUGCCACUGGCAGGCGACAGCGCAGAACAGGAACGCCUGGCGCCUGUGCUCGCGAUGCCGACUACCCAGGGGAAGGUCGCCGCGGCGGCGAAUGGCCUUGUCAGGAUGCGCGCGCCCAAGGACGACAUUAGUGACAGCAGUAGUAAGCCGGCGCCGUCCAGGAAGCCAAGGCAGAGGGCCGCCAGCAAGAUGCGAACGGCGAAGGACGCGGUCGCAGCUGGCGCGAGCCCCGCCGUCGUCGAGAACCAGCCUGCUGCUGGCCCGGCAAAAUCUGGCCCCAGCACGGAAGCGCAGAGCAACGGUCUUCAGAUCGUCCCUGUUCCGCCGCCGGCAGGCAACGGCAGGAAGAGGAAGCAGAACGCUUCCGCGGCGCCGCCAAGAUUCAACAGCCUGGCCGCCAGGAGGAGCGCCGUGGACGCGGUGGCGCCGGAGGCGGCGCCAGCGCCGGCGAAGAAGCACACCAUCCUGACAUGGCUCAUUGACGGGGGCUUCCUGUCCGACGGAGAGACGGUGUUCUACGCUCCAGGGGGCGGCGGCGGCGCGGGCGCUGGCGCGGAGAAGGUCGUGUCGGGCGCAGUCACCAGGGCCGGCGUCCACUGCAGGUGCUGCGACGCCGUGGUGCCGCUGCCGGUGUUCGAGGCCCACGCCAGUGCCCGGUGCGUCCCCGGCGCCGGGCAGCAGCAGCAGCAGCAGCAGCAGGCGUGGGAGAAGCUCCUGCUCGUGUCCGGCGACUCCCUCCUGCAGUGCAUGCAGGAGGCGUGGGAGAACGAGAAGGUGAAGACCUUCCAUGCGCAGGCCAAGGUGAGGGCCGCGCUGGAGCUGGAGGAGGAGAAGAACUCGCAGGCCAAGAGGAGGCUCCUCGCGAAGCAUCAGAAGAAGGGGGUCGUCGUCGAGAGGAUCAUGUCUCCUCGGAUGGAGAAGAUCAAGGCAGGCGAGAAGGACUCCAGCGACGACGCCUGCGGCGUCUGCGCCGACGGCGGCGAGCUGCUCUGCUGCGACUCCUGCACCUCCACCUUCCACCCGGAGUGCCUCGCCAUCAAGGUUCCAGAGGGCUCGUGGUCGUGCCACUACUGCCGGUGCACGCUGUGCAUGUCAAACGAUGAUCAGGGCCUGUCCACAUGCCAGCAGUGUGCUCGCAAGUAUCACGAGAGCUGCCGUCCAUUGCUGGGCAACGGGCGCGACAUCGGCGCGUACUGCGGCGAGACCUGCAAGAAGCUCUCUGCCCAGCUAUCAGAUGUGACAGGCGUGACGAACCCUACCGCAGAUGGUUUCUCUUGGUCUCUCUUGAGGAUUCAGAAAGACGAACCAGCCAGCUCCCAGAGCAUGCCUGCCGUUCUGGAACGCAACGUGAAGCUUGCAGUGGCGCUCGGCGUGCUCAAUGAGUGCUUCAACCCGGUGAAGGAUCGGCGCACCAAGAUCGAUAUGCUCCACCAAGCUGUGUAUAGCCUUGGGUCUGAAUUUAAACGGCUAAGCUACGAAGGGUUCUACACCAUCGUUCUGGAAAAGGAUGGAGAGAUCGUUUCAGCAGCCCUGCUGAGGAUCCAUGGCACAAAAGUGGCGGAGAUGCCCUUCGCGGGCACACUGCCAGCUUACCGGAAACAAGGAAUGAUGCAUCGCCUGGUCAGUGCUGUGGAGCAGGUGCUGGCGUCAGUGCAAGUGGAGAAGCUGAUGAUACCUGCCAUAGCCUCUACGGCGGACACAUGGAAGAGGUCCUUCUCCUUCAGGCCCGUGGAUCCCCAGCUGAGGGAGGAACUCAAGAGGCUCAGCCUGGUGGUGAUCACCGGCACCACCAUGCUCCACAAACCCGUCGCCUCGCCGCCACCGCUGCUGCCGCCUCCAUCGCUGCAACAAGCGGGGAGUUCAGAGGCAUGGUGGCGCAAGUACGCGGACCCGGUGGCGCGCCUGACCGACGACGAGCGGGCGUUCCUGGAGAUGGACCCAGACACGGCGCCGCCCUUCCGCUACACCGACCUCGUCAACGGCACCGUGUCCCUGAACAGGUUCUGUCGCGCAGGGAGCUCGUCGUCGUCGGCCUGCGCCGCCGCCGUGUCCCCAUGGGGAAGGAGCAUCAGCGCUGCCCUGCCGGGGCCGGGAGCUACUGCCGUGCAGCCGGGCGCUGGCGGUGGCGGCGGCUGGCGUUCUUGCGGCGAGGCUGCGAGCGCCAUGGCCCCCCAGCCCAGCUACCCGCGCGGCGGCCGCAGCGGUAUAAUCCAUGGCAUGAAGUGA